AUGGGAAUAAUAUUAUGUACACUUUCACAUGUUUUGCAUGCUUCAGAAAAGUUUGCUUUAUGCUUGGCGGCGGCUGGCCUCGUUACAUGUCUGGUGUUCACGAUCACAAUGAUGCUGGUGCUUGGCAUUGGACUGGGUUACAACUACUGCUUCGUUGACUUCAAAACGAGACACAGAUAUAGUAAACAACAUUUUUAUUUAUUUUCAUCAUCAUCAGUCAUGUCAUGGUUCCAUUUUAGAGGCUCAUGCCUUCCUUAUAUGUUUGGUUUAAGAUUUGUAUGGUUUAAGAGAAUGGGCCAUAAUCCUCCACACCGGCCCAAUGCAGAUUGAAGGGUAUUGACGACUGCAAAUGUAGACGAGAUCAACAGCUUAACGUGCUUUCUGUAACACGGAAUAGCUUAGAGAUAAUAAUAUUUUGGUAACCCAUCCCGUGACCGACCUUUGCGAAAGUUGCUGAACAUCAACUUUCGCGGGCUGCAACGCAUCCAUCUACGUAACAAGGCUGUUGAAGAAUAUUAGCAUAUAUUAUGGUUUACGAAUUUCUUUGUUACAGUACCCGGCUAUUAUAAAUACACGAUUCUGCCUGCAACCAGGACUUAUCCCCGACGUAUUCAAUAUUACCCCCCAUAUCCUACUAUUUAUCGUUUACCACAAAAUGAAUGGCAUCAAUUUUUUGAGCGUCGAGUAAACGUUGAUAAUGAUACCAUAGAUUCUAUAGCGUAUAACGACACCAGUUUCGACAAUUUAAACAUAUCCUUAGCUAUACCUUCAUCAGAUAUAUUAAAUAAAAAAAGGUACAAUGCUUCAUUACCAAUUGCAAAUGAGAAAUAUGAAGACAUAAAUAAAAUUAAUAUUAGUAAUGUAGAAACCAGUACAAGGGAAACUUUAGAGAAGUCUGCAGAUAAAAUUUCAAAUUAUUCAAAGACUGUUCUGCGAGUCAAUGGGCUUGAUUUAUUAGCUUUAUUAACGAAACUGAGGUCGGAGAAUAAAAACUAUACUGUUAGAAUAGAAACGGAUUAA